AUGGGAGAGGAUCCGGUCCUAAAAGAAGAUGUUGAGGGUUUUGAUGGCAUGCUCCUGGAGGCAUUACAGCAGCAGAACCAGACAGAAGAGCACUGUGAAUCAAAUGUCACAAUGGCAGAACCAGAACCCAUUCAAAAUCCUGUUUCAUCUAAAGAGACCCCAAAAGAAGAAAAAUCUAGAUUCAAAUGCCUUUCAGAAAAAGAUUUACAAAAAAUAGAGAGAAACCAGUACUCAGAAGCCACUAAAAGGAACACAAAAUGGGGAAUUGGUGUCUUUAAUGUUCGGUGUCUGGAGCGACUUAAGGAAACACAUGACCUAGAGGUUGAUGAUGCAAGGACCCUUAAUGAAAGCUUAAGGAAGUUUGACGCAGAGGCCCAACCAAAAAAUAUCAUAAAUCGAUCGAAAAGUAGUGAGGAACAGGCACAAGAAUAUCACAAAAAUUGA